CUUUCACUCACACUCAUUCUCCUCCCUUCAGAGCACUACAUAAAAAAUGGCUCUCUCAACUCGGUUUCUUUUGGCAUUCAUAGUUUCAUUGAGCACCAUGAAGGGCUUGUGCUCAGGCGAUCCAACCGAUGGAUUCACAGCCGUGCCCUUAACGGAGAAGAACUUCAAGGAGCAGUGGCCGUACAAUCUUCCUCUUGACGAUCGUUAUAGCUUCGUUGACGGAGUUCGCAAGCUCUGGGUUUAUUCUACAGACAAGCCUCAUUUUCCUGGCAGUGGAACGAAGCCCCGGACUGAGAUUCAUAUUGAAGGAUACGAUUACUCUUCGGGCGUAUGGCAAUUCGAAGGCAACGCCUAUGUACCAAGCGGAACAACGGGUGUAUCCAUCAUGCAAAUCUUCGGAGCCAGCGGCAGAGCAACAACCUUCAUGAUGUGGGUUCACAAUGGCUCAAUCAAUUACUACUCCCAUCAAAUGAUCCAAGACAAUAUCUACGAUCGGUGGUUCAAAGUGAAUGUGAUUCAUGACACCGGUGCUAAAAAAGUCCAUGUUUACAUCGACAAUGUUUUGAAACUGAGUGUGGAUGAUGCCGGAGGAGACUCUCAUUACUUCAAGUUUGGUGUUUAUGAACAGAAUGGUAAUUCGAACUGCAUGGAGUCGAGGUGGAAGGGUAUUAGGGUUUUGAAGAAAUAAGAUUGAGAUGAAUGUGCGAUUUAGUUAUGUAUUUGGCGGGUGCCUGUAUAUGUUGUAUGCCAUGUAUAAGAUAAGGUCUGGACGUUGUGCGCAAGUCCAUGUAUGAGUCAUGUAUACUAUGUACCUACUAUAUUUAGUAAUGCAAAUCCCUAUUUAUG